CAGAACAAGUACUACUUUCUAUCGGUGAAUGUUCUUAAACAGACUGAGCCUAGUCAGCUCUAUUUCUGUAUUCUACUCAUAGAUUAAAGGAGAUCUUCCCAUCCCUCCAAUUCAUCUCCAGAUAUCUCCCACCAACAAAAACAAAAACAUAAACAAUCAAAACUCUCAUCGUUCAAAAUCAAACUUCACCGUUCAACAAAGUUAAAACCAUCAAGAUGGCACGCUGUGGCAUAUUUUAUGCUACAAAAGACGCGCAAGGGUUUAGAAGCGAGGGAAAUCUAUCUCUUGUAUCGAAGUCUCUGCACACCACUAUCAAGGCCACAAAUUUGCGUACCUCUCUCGUGCAGGUUUUCGAUCAUGUUUCCGGGGAGAAUACCCUAUCAUGCAGAUAUGAAUUUCCACUCUAUGAUGGAAUCAGUAUUGUCAAGUUUACAUGUACCAUGGACAGCAAAAAGCUCUCAGGAGUCAUUCAUGAAAGAGCGGCUGCAACAAAGAUCUACGAAGAUGCCAAGAAUAGAGGAGAGAUAGCAGGUCUAUUGGAGCAAAACAGCAAAGCAAGUGAUGUUUUUAGCACCUCGCUAGGUAAUAUCCCAGCUGGAAAGAAAGUGGUGGUGGAAAUUGAAUACAUUGGGGAGUUGACGAUGGAAGGCGGAAACAGGGUAAAACUGACCAUCCCGACCAAAGUUGCACCUAGAUUUGGAACGUCUGGUUCCUCAUCGACAAGCCUUGGUACGACCACAAAGGGAGGGAUGAAGAUCAUAGUAGAUGUGUUAAUGUGGGCAGGUGUGCGCAUUGAUGGACUUGCCUCGCCCUCCCAUCCCGUCGCCAUCACAAUAGGGGCUUCGUCGACUGGAAGUGAAAAGAGAGAAAGUUACAAGGCUUCAGUUACGCUGGCUCAAGAGAGUGCGGCUUUGGAUCGAGACUUCGUUCUCCUAAUCAAUGUCAAGGACUUGGGUGACCCGAAGGCUGUGCUCGAGACUCAUAGCACCAUUUCCAAUCAUCGAGCAUUAAUGGUUUCCUUGGUCCCGAAAUUUACUUUGCCAGCCCACAACCCAGAAAUUGUUUUCGUCGUUGACAGGAGCACAAGCAUGCGACCCAGCAUGUCAACACUCCGCUCAGCCAUGUCGGUUUCUCUAAAAUCUUUGCCUUCUGGAAUAAAUUUUAACAUCUGCUCUUUCGGCACUGGCUAUGAAUUUCUAUGGCCAGUCAAAACAAUAUACACACGACAAUCUGGACCAGGCUCUCAAGCAUGCUGGUGAAUUCAAAGCCAAUUUCGGUUUGACCGAAACAUUAACCGCACUUACCGCCACGAUCCGGAAUCGCCUCACGUACUUGCCCCUGGAGAUCAUACUUCUGACGGACCGGGAAUAUCUCGCGGCAGGAAGAAUGUUUCAAAUACCUGAACGGGGAAGUGAAAAAGAGCCAGGGAGCGAUCAGGGUAUUUCCCUUGGGUAUAGGAGAUGGCGUUUCUCAUGCUUUGCUCAAUGGGAUUGCCCGAGCAGGAAACGGCUUUUCCCAGGCUGUACAGAGAGGUGAAAGUAUGGAUGACAGUGUUAUUCGAAUGCUGCGCGGUGCACUUUACCCCCAUAUUACUGACUACACCAUGGAGGUCAAAUACGAAUCCGAAGAUGAUGAUUUGGAGAUCAUUGAAAGAGUUACAGACACUAUGAAGCUCCUUCUAUCGAACAAUGACGAGAAAAUGGAACAACCGGAUCAGCCGAUGCUUCCUACAAUCUCUCUGUUUGACCCUACCUUUGAGGAACCUAGAGAUACAGUCAUUAAGGCUGGACCUCGUCAACAGCUACCAGAAAUUCCAACCCCGAAACUGCUAC